AUGACUCCGCACCAGCUGAGCCCACGCACACACACGCGCACACACCGGGGUGGGAUUAUCCCGUGACGUCACAACAUGGCGGAGCUGUUCAGCCCACGGGAUAGUUAGUGGGCCAAGGUUUUAUUUCUUUUAAGUUGUCAUAUGAAUUCAGCAUUGAAUUAACGUGGAUAUAGCCUGGCUCUUUCCGCACGUUUGACUCUCAACAGGUCUUUAUCCCUCGUGAGGUUAACGCUCAUUUGUACGAACCUCCACCGGAGAGUUCCGAGUGGACCCGAAGCUUCCACAAGCAGGAAGAACACAAGCAGCGAGGAGGUGAGAAAACUAAACGCAGUUAUUAAGAACUGAUUAUUGUGACUCAGUAAUACCACCUUUCUAGUUUCUUUGCGUUAUAUGUCUGUUUUCAUUUUUAACAUGAUAAGAGAUAUGAAAACGCGUCUUUGGUCCAGAGAGUGCUAAAUUAUUUCGCUAACGGAACCAUGAAGCAUGCAAAGGCUUAGUUUCCUCAGAGUUCACCCCUUUCAUGUAGCUAUACCAGCCAUGCUUGAAUACAAGUUUGAAAAGGUAGAUUUUAUGUCUUCAACAAACAUUUAAUUUAACAUUUGCAAUGCACUUACAUUAUACACGCUAAAUAAUAAUGUAUCUGUAAGCAGUGGGCAGAGUAACCAGACGUGUUUUGCCUCAGUCAGCUACAACAGAGUACACAGAGUCCUCAAGAUGUCGCUGCGAUGUUGACUUUGUAUGACAUGUUUUAGUAUUAUUAUCAGUAGCGCUCACGGUAAGAUACUAGUAGUAGGCUACUUGAAGUCUCUGCACAUCUACACAAGUACUGCAUUUCAGUACACUGUUAAGGUACUGCAUGUUAUUUUAUAUACACCUGACAUCAUUAACAUCCAGGCAAUCUAAUGCAAUCUGAUACAAUAGCUCUACCACAAGUGCUGCUUUCAGGAGGCUUCAAUAUGCUUUUAUUGAUCAAUCAGGUGAUUGUUUUAAGACGUAGUUGGUGGUUUUGAUAGUGAGCUGGGGUGUGUUAUAUUGAAAGGUGUCGCUUACAUCCACAUCUAUCACUCGCCACAACUUCAGCAAUUCACUUUAAGAACAAUUAUCACCUGUCAACAGAAACAGAAAAUGUAGACACCUUGUCAAAGUAAAGCUGUAGUACUGGGUUGCAUAAGACCUCCCAGGCAUUCAUUUUAUUGCACCAAGGUCUUUAGUAUAGUUUAUCACCCGAAGCGAAGAAAUACACUACCUUUUAUUGCCCCAGAUUUAUCUGAAAGCUUUUUCCAACUAGCUUUUGAGUUUUAUAAUGUAAACACGAUCUCAAUAAAUAUGACAAGCUAAAAUAUGAAAGCCAUCAACACUGUGACAGAUGUUUCAAAUGAGCCUCAUCCUGACCAACUCCAACAUUUAAAUUCAACAUGCACAUUAAUGCAGCUAAACAAUCCUCCAAUACAAAGUGUACAUGAGGAAAUACAGCAUGAUAGUGAUACAUCUGUAAGGAAAAAUACAGUACUGUACAGUUUUUUAAAAUUAUUUAUCAUAUUUAUUUAUAUAUUUAACAUAUAUCAUAUUUAUACUUUUACUUAUUCUAAGAAUGUAAGUGUUCCUCCACUAAGCCUCAUUUGUUGGUUAAUUAAACUCAGAAUUAAAGUUCCAGUGGCAAGAACGUGAGAAAUGCCACACAGUUAUUGUUUCGAAUGUGAAAUUCUAAUCCAGCUAAUCAGAUUGAACAAAUCUGAUCACAUUUUUGUGUUGGUUGGUCGACUUGUGGCCCUCCUCUUUUGAUUAUAGUGCUGGUUUUGACAUUACAGAGGAACAAACCAAAAUAUAUAUAUAUAUGUUUUCCCCUUUAAGUGGCAUACUGCAUUUUACUUCAGUAUCUUAAGAGAGGUGUCAGCCAAGUGUGGUAAAGGUUGCUGCAUGCUUUAAAUUUACAUUAAAGGGAUAAUUUGUGUUUUUUUUUUUAUGUGGUUAAAUGAAGAAAUUAUUGAUCUCAAAACAGCAUGGAUGUCUGGCUUCAACCACUGCAGAUGGGGUCAGCUUUACCGCAAGGUUUAGCCAAUUGGGAAACUGACCCAAACACAUAUUUUACUUUGUUUAAUUUUCGGUCAUGUUCUGAAACUCUGAGAUCUAUAGCAUAACACUGUGAAUUUUCAUAAAUUAAUUCAAAAUCCAUCUUAAACAUGGAGCUGGUCAAAGUAAUCAUGUAUGUUAGGUUUUAAUAUAUAAGGAACAAUGUGUGAGCAGUGGGAUAUAGGGCCAUGGACACGGCUGAUUCCUGCACCUUCACCUGAAAGAAAUAUGUAGUUACUCUUUAACAUUUUCCUUUGAGGCCACUCAGUAAACAGAAGGAGUGAUAAAGACAGGUCACAGUUUACAUAAAGGAAAAUGUUCGUACAGGUAUGCACACCAGGAUGCUUCUCAACUUGGUACAGAACAAGAUCCAGCUUGUUCAACAACUGCACUGGUGCCUAAGACUGCUGUUGGUGGCUGUGCAGAAAUGAAACAGGUGUCACUCCAAAUCAGACUUAGUUGUUAGUGUGUUAUUUUCAUGCAGGUGGAUGCUUUCAGGAUAAAACGCUGCUCAGCAAAGCCAGGGUUGGUAUAUGGCAACAAAUCAAAUAGCCAGAAUUCAUGACACACCAGCAAACAAACUUCAAUAAGACAUUUAGACUUUGUUGAUGCGUGCAGUAGAUUUCCGAGCGGCAACAUUAGUUUUCAUCUCUGACAAAAAUAUAGGACCUUGUAGAGAUGAAUGCCUGCAUAAACAGGCAGAGACCAGCUUUAAGGGAAAGAAGGUGUCCACACUCAGUCUAUGUUGAAUCUGUAUUUUAAAAGGUCAUUCGUUUGUUAGGUAAGUGGUUAUUCAGCCUGCUCAAAAAAAAAAAAAAAAAAAAAGAUAAAGCUGGUCUAGAGUGAUAGUGAAGUUCCCUGUGGUGGUUUGACCUUCUACACAGUCAUGCAGGAAGUUGAAAGUUAAAAGUAGUUGUAAAUACAAACCACAGAGCACAAGUUUGUUUCAGUUCAUUAUUCUCCCCACUGUGUGGACCCUUUCUUAUACCUCCACUGCAGCUGCAAUCAUGAUUAAAACUACAGAAACUGGUGCUAUGUUUCAAGCAUGGCAACAUCACAGAGAAGCUAGAUCACAAGUUAGUAGAUCACACUAGACAAGGGUGUUAGGUCCCAUGAUUGUAGCUUUUUAUUAUGCUGCUUGUCUUGAACAAAAUCCAAGUUAAGCUGCAUUUAGUCAACUAUGACAUCUCUAUUGGUUUCAUUUCCAAUCAAUUACACUUCACUUUCAGUCACUGACAUGGUUUUUUCAUUACAGGUGAUGGAGAUAGACUGCCAGCCGGAGGAAUCCAUCGUCUCUUCGUUUGAUGAGGACUGUGUUGAGCUUGGCGACGUCAAAGACAUGAGGCUGGAGGCGGAAGCCGUGGUCAAUGAUGUACUUUUUGCCGUCGCUGAAAUGCAUGUGUCACAGAGUCUCAACAGUGCCUCAGACGUGGCCUACAUAAAUGUGGAAACCAGAGAGGGGAACCGGUACUGCCUGGAGCUCACCGAGGCAGGACUGAGGGUAAGAUACAAAGUGUUUCUUUUUCAAUGUCACUGCUUGGUUUAUGCUCACUUCAACACAUACUUUGUCUGACCACACAUCCCUGCGUCACACAGGUGGUGGGCUACGCCUUUGAUCAAGUGGAUGAGGAUUUGAGCACUCAGUACCAUGAGACUGUUUACUCGCUGCUGGACACACUGAGUCCUGGGUACAGAGAAGCUUUUGGGAAUGCUCUACUGCAGCGGCUGGAGAGACUGAAACAAAAUGGACAAUGA